AUGGGCCGCCUGAACGAGCAGCGCCUCUUUCAGCCUGACCUGUGCGACGUGGACCUGGUGCUGGUACCUCAGCGCAGUGUCUUUCCGGCACACAAGGGUGUACUGGCUGCAUACAGUCAGUUCUUCCACUCGCUCUUCACCCAGAACAAGCAGCUUCAGCGUGUGGAGCUGUCCCUGGAGGCGUUGGCACCUGGCGGCUUGCAGCAGAUCCUCAACUUCAUCUACACGUCCAAGCUGCUGGUCAACGCGACCAACGUCCACGAGGUGCUCAGUGCGGCCUCGUUGCUGCAGAUGGCUGACAUUGCCACGUCCUGCCAGGAGCUGCUGGACGCCCGUUCCCUCGGCCCACCGGCCCCCGGCACUGUGGCUCUGGCACAAGCGGCGGCCGGCAGCACUCCAACUGCAUCACCCUACUACUGCGACAUCAAGCAGGAGGCCGACGCCCCGGGCCUGCCCAAGAUCUACGCCCGAGAGGGCCCUGACCCCUACUCGGUGCGUGUGGAGGACGGGGCAGGGGCCGCGGGUGGCACAGUUCCCACUGCCCUGGGGUCAGCGCAGCCCUUCUUCAAGGAGGAGAAGGAGGGCAGUGUGGAGGAGGCCAGCGGGCCCCAGGCCCCCUUGUGCAAGCUGGAGGGUGGGGAGGAGCUGGAGGAAGAGCUUGGGGACUCUGGCACCUAUGGCCCCCGGGAGCAGUCCCAGAUCAUUGUCGAGGUGAAUCUCAACAACCAGACACUGCACGUGUCCACAGGGCCCGAGGGGAAGCCAGGUGCAGGGACUAGCCCAGCUACCAUGAUGCUGGGCCGGGAGGGUGGGCUACAGAGACACUCGGAGGAGGAGGAGGAGGAGGAGGAGGAGGAAGAGGAAGAGGGUGGCGGCAGUGGAGGGGAAGAGGAGGAGGAAGAGGAGGGUGGCAGUCAAGGAGAGGAAGAAGAUGAAGAGGAGGAAGGGCACAGUGAGCAGGAGGAGGAGGAGGAAGAGGAAGGGCACAGUGACCAGGAUCAAGAAAGCUCUGAGGAGGAGGAAGAUGAGGAGGAGGAGGGGGAGGCUGGAAGCAGACAAGUGCCGGCAGGGCCCGGGGGGCACCGGGGCAGCCAGGUGGAUGGCCCUGCCCACAGUCGCAUGGCCACAAGGUCCCGGGAGAAUGCCCGGCGCCGGGGCACCCCUGAGCCUGAGGAGGCUGGGCAGCGGCGUGGGAAGCGGUCAAAGCCACCCCCAGGAGCAGCCCCAGCCUCUGCCCGGGGGCCACCUGCCACCGAUGGGCUGGGGGCCAAGGUGAAGCUGGAGGAGAAGCAGCACCACCCUUGCCAGAAAUGCCCGCGCGUUUUCAACAACCGCUGGUACCUGGAGAAACACAUGAACGUGACGCACAGCCGCAUGCAGAUCUGUGACCAGUGUGGCAAACGUUUCCUGCUGGAGAGUGAGCUGCUGCUACACCGGCAGACGGACUGCGAGCGCAACAUCCAGUGUGUGACAUGUGGCAAAGCUUUCAAGAAGCUCUGGUCCCUCCAUGAACAUAACAAGAUUGUGCAUGGCUACGCAGAAAAGAAGUUCUCGUGUGAGAUCUGCGAGAAGAAGUUCUAUACCAUGGCCCACGUGCGCAAACACAUGGUGGCCCACACCAAGGACAUGCCCUUCACGUGUGAGACCUGCGGGAAGUCCUUCAAACGCAGCAUGUCUCUCAAGGUGCAUUCACUGCAGCAUUCGGGGGAGAAGCCCUUCAGAUGUGAGAACUGCAACGAGCGCUUCCAGUACAAGUACCAGCUGCGCUCCCACAUGAGCAUCCACAUUGGCCACAAGCAGUUCAUGUGCCAGUGGUGUGGCAAGGACUUCAACAUGAAGCAGUACUUCGAUGAGCACAUGAAGACCCACACAGGGGAGAAACCGUACAUCUGUGAGAUCUGCGGCAAGAGCUUCACCAGCCGGCCCAACAUGAAGCGGCACCGGCGCACACACACAGGCGAGAAGCCGUAUCCUUGUGACGUCUGCGGUCAACGCUUCCGUUUCUCCAAUAUGCUCAAGGCCCAUAAGGAGAAAUGCUUCAGAGUCAGCCACCCUCUGGGCAGUGAAGGCACGCCCUCAGCCCCGGGCCUGCCCCCCACCCAGUCUCACGCCCACACACCACUGCCCCUGCUCCCAGGCCUUCCCCAGACCCUACCGCCCCCACCCCCGCUCUUUCCUACCACCACCAACACCACCACCGCCAGGAUGAAUGCCAACAACUAA